AUACAUUAUGCUUCAUACAUACAUACUUCAUGCUACAGUAGAAACGACAACACGAUAUACAGAUAGGCUGAAAAAUUGCAAAAUAACUAUGGCUGAGCUGGAACACUAGCUCGAGCCCAGAGCAAAUGACUGGAAUCGAACGUUCGCCGAGCCUCUUCGGACUGGAGUGACGCUUAGAAUUCAAUUUCGCCUAAAUGUGCCUCGGUCAAAGCAGAUAUGGAAGUCAAACUGAAAGCACUUGAGUGUCACUUCACAUGGGGCAUAAGGAAGGCUCACAUUAAGGACCUGGACAGCCUCCCUGAAAAGCUCCUGGAUCGCAUCAUGAGGUUUACCACGCCGAAAUACCAUGCCACAUAUUUCAACUUACUAGCGUUCCUGAGCCACCUGGAGGAAAAUAAUGUUAGUGCUCUUGAGUAUCUCCACAAGGCUGAGAGUGCAUUGAAGGACAGACAGGAUGAUACAGAGUUACUGGUGACCUAUGCUAACUUUGCAUGGGUUCACUAUCACUCAGGAAACCUUGAUGAUGUGGAUGCCUACAUUGGAAAGCUGGAAAUCAUCAAUGAGGGAAUUCCAAGUGCCUUAAUUAUUCAAGGCAGCUUACCUUCCGUACAUGGUGAGAAAGGUUGGAGUCUUAUCAGGUUUGGGGGAUUAUUUUAUAAGAGGGUAAAAGAGAGCUUCCAGAACGCUCUUGAGGGGGAACCAGACAAUGCUUCUUUCAAUAUGGGCUAUGCCCUGGUCCUGUACAGGUUGGAGGGCAUGGUCAAGAAUAAGAGAGUGAGUUCAGUGAUGACUGCAGCUGCCAACCAGCUAAGGAAGGCCUUAUCCUUGGAGCCUGAUAACUCUGAACUUAUGGUCAUCCUAGCUCUGAAACUUCAAAAAAAUCAAGAAAACAAAAGUGAGUCCUUGAAACUCACCAAAGAGGCCCUCAGGCUGUCACCUGACGUGCCUCAUGUACUGCGUUAUGUGGCCAAAUAUUUCAAAAAUGAGGGCUCCAUCAAUGAGUGCCUACAGGUUUUGGGGAAAGCUCUGGAACUGUCUCCAAACUCCCACUUCCUCCAUCACCAAAUUGGCCUGUGUCACAAACAGCAGCUCAUCCAGAUGUUCGAGCAGAAGAGGGAAGGGGGAGAUGUGAAAGUGGGCCAGAUAAAAGCAAAAGUGUUGGUCUGUAUCCGUCACUUCUCCAGAGCCGUGGAUCUGAAGCCCUCCAACAUCCACGCCAGGGUGAACCUGGCAGAGGCCUAUGGGAACAACUACCAGCUGGAAGAGGCAAUGAAGAUAUUCACUGUCCUUUUAGAGGACAAAUCCCUCAGUGACUCAGACAGGCAGCUCUUCUACACCGGCUUCGGCACGUUUCUUUACUACAGGAAGAUAGACGGGGAUGGCGCUGUGACACAGUUCAAAAAUGCCUACCAGAUUCCAAUUAAGAGUUGGUACAGGAAGCAGGCUGGGAAGAGGCUGAAUCAGAUCGCAGAGAGGUGGCAGGCUAACGAGAAGAGAGUUGGCGAGGCCUCUGAGAUUUUGUCGUUCCUCAAACAGGAGAGGUAGUCUGAGGACACAGACAUCCUGACAGAUUAUUUUGGCAAAGGAAUGAAAUUCAAAUGAUAUACGUAGCUAUAACACAAUGCAUGGCUUACAUUGAAACACUGCUCAAAUCAAACUUUAUUUGUCACGUGCCGAAUACAUCAAGUAUAGACUUUACCGUGAAAUGCUUACUUACAAGCCCUUAACCAACAGUGCAGUUAAAUGCUGGAUGCAUUUUCAUGUUUUUAAUGGUGAAAUUCAAGUUGGGAGUACGCAUCUCUGGCUGUACGCUUCUUUUUAUUUUAUUUAAAAGUUGCAAAGAAAAUKUCAGUUCAAAUGUAUUACUUUUGGAAAACAUAUGUUUCUAUGUCUUAAGAUGUGUCAUGUAGUGUCACAUGUAGUGUUGUACAAUUGUACCAUAUGGCUGCAUGAUACAUCUUGCAAUAAAAAAAAGACUUGUAAGUGUUA